CAGUUAAACGCACAUCGAAUAUUCUUCUUGCCAGGUACACAUUUCACACGAGUCGCCAUGCCACAGCUACAUCGUUGUUGCCAUAGUCGCCACGACUUACGCCACGAUUCCCGGAUCGCGACGGGAUUUUACCUGCGGAUUGCGUGCUCACUCACUUUAUCUUGUUUCGAGUCUGCUCCUUAGCGGGGUGUUCGAUAUGGACGCGCAAUUGCACCAGAGCGGCUCCCAAUCCUCCCUCUCGCAAGCUCACGUCGAGCGGGGCUCGUUACAGUCACAUCGGGAAAUCGACGCGCUACGAUGCGUGCUUCCAUGGCUGCCGCAGCGCGACCUAUGCGCCGCGGCGUGCGUGAGUAGGGAACUAAGAACCGCAGCUUAUCAGCCCGAGCUGUGGAAGUCUCUUUCCCUGCAGGGUGCCACUAGCGCCAGGGCCAGGCUCGCCCAGGCGCUCACUCAGCCUCGUUUUAGUCACCUUCAGCAUCUGAAUCUGGAGUUCGCACAGCCAAUCACAGACGCCGAUCUGCUGCUGCUUGCAGGGAAGCCCCUCGUGUCUCUGAAUCUCAACGCGUGUCAGCAAGUCACGGACCAAGGGGUCACCACUGCUGCUAAACUGCUCCCGAAACUCCAAUCCUUUUCUCUCUAUUGGAACCUCAGGGUGACUGAUUCAGGUGUGAAGCAAGUGGUGCUCCGAUGCACCUCGUUACAAACACUCAACCUUAGUGGAUGCAAGAACAUCACAGACACGUCUCUCCGCUUCAUCAGCACCUCUCUCCCCAAUCUCAAGUCCCUAAACCUCACACGUUGUGUGCAGGCAACAGACACGGGGCUGAAGCACAUCACAUCAGGUUGCACUCAAUUGGAGGAACUUCUGCUGUACGCCCUCUCUAGCUUCACUGACGAGUCCCUUGCAACAAUCGGGCGCCUCUCACAUCUACGGGUGCUUGACCUCUGCGGCAUGAAGCACCUGACAGACGAAGGACUGCAAGGCAUCGCGUGCUGCACUCACCUCAGAUCCCUCAACCUCUCUUGGUGUGUGCUUAUAACGGAUCAGAGCCUCAUCACAGUAGCAUCCUCCUGCCACUAUCUCGAACUUCUAAGUCUGCACGGCAUAAGGGGAGUCACAGAUGCGUCCAUGGCUGCGCUCUCUGCUUCCUGCGUCAACACUCUGCACACUUUGGAUGUCAAUGGCUGUGUGGGGAUAGAGGAUCGCUCCCAUGCUCAUUUGAAGGUGCUUUUCCCCAAGCUCACAUGCUUCACUGUUCACAAGUAACAGUGUAGAUUCAUGUUUUUCGUAACAAUCACAAUUGCAACAACUAGGGCCUGUCCCAACCUGUGUAAGUUUAAUUACGGUGGGAUUCCUGGAUCCUAGGGAUCAAAUAACAAAAUGAAAUGGAUGGGCCAGGUUUGCAAGAGAACGUGCACUUGGGAUGGGACACGUGCUUAGUGACUGUUGAUGGUUGUGCAGCCAAUGAGGGCUCUCUCCCUGCAUCACUUUCUUAG